AAAUACGAAACUUGUUGUGUCUGCAUAUUUUUAUACUUCCGUCUACCAACGGUCUCCACUUCAGUCCUGUGAAGGUGCAGACUGUACAGUUUGUGUACAAAAUGGUUAAGAAGCAUACAGUUCGUUUGACUGUUGAAAAUCAAUCGGGCUUUUCAAUGAACUAUAAAAGAGAUUGGUUUGAUUCCGGACGAUUAGCUGAUACAUAUUCUUGGCCAGAAGUUGUUGAAGACGGUCGUCAAAUGGAUAUUAUGUGUUACGAGAGAGACAAUGCUGUAACUGGCUGUAGUGGUUACACGGCAUAUGAAAUCAGUGGUACAGUGAUCACGUUUGCAUUCAGCAAUCCUUUGGUGGGUAAAAAUAAACUGGGUGUUGGUGUUGGAGAAUGGCAUGUUUGGAACGAGAUGGACUACCAUGAUUACAACGAAUUUACGAUUGUAAUUCCUGUAUGUUCAUCAACAUUGAAAUUUGUUUGCAAGUGUACUGGUUCGACGACAAAUCAUGCGACAGUUAACAUUUUUCGUUUGUAAUAGAGAACAAAUAAGAACCGUGUGCACAUCAAGCUUUGUUCUGAGAAACUCGUGUAGCCGUAUCAAUGUUUGGAUGCAAACUAUCUAUUCACAAUUUGUUUUUUGCUCAAAUGCACCGCUUUCAUUCUGUUUAUUAAAUUUAUGAAUAGACUAGACAACAUCAUUUGUAUAUUCGUAUCAAUGCAAAAGUAAAUUUUUCGUGUCUAUAGUAUCAUA